CGCGGACAAUCGUGAGGGGCUGGCGCACCUGCUCCAAUCCCGAUCCUCCCAUGUCCCCACCCGUCAGACCGGAAACUCCAAUCGACGCAGCGCACCGGGAAAAUCCUCUCCCCUGCCGACGGAAACCCGUACCCACUCGCCCUCGGCCUUCCCCAUCAAUCCACCGGCCACGCCGACCGACGCCACCGCCGGCGCAUCGCAAGGGAGAUCCACGCCGCGAUGGGCCGCAAGCUCGCGCUCCUGGUGGGGAUCAACUACCCGGGCACCAAGGCCGAGCUCAAGGGCUGCCACAACGACGUCGACCGCAUGCACCGCUGCCUCGUCGACCGGUUCGGCUUCGACGAGGACGACAUCCGCGUCCUCGUCGACCGCGGCUCCUCCGGGCCGCAGCCCACCGGCGCCAACAUCCGCCGCGCCCUGGCACGGCUAGUCGGGGACGCGCGACCCGGCGACUUCCUCUUCUUCCACUACAGCGGCCACGGCACGCGGCUGCCCGCCGAGACCGGGCAGGAUGACGACACGGGGUACGACGAGUGUAUCGUGCCCAGCGACAUGAAUCUUAUCACAGACCAAGAUUUCAGGGAACUUGUGCAGAAGGUCCCUGAUGGUUGCAUAUUUACUAUCGUCUCUGACUCAUGCCAUAGUGGAGGCCUACUGGACAAGGCCAAGGAGCAGAUAGGUAAUAGCACCAGGCAAAAUCAGACUCAGUCCCGCGAAUACGAAGAGCGAUCUGGCACCAGGAAAAAUCAGACUCAGUCCCGUGAAUACGAAGAGCGAUCUGAUUCUGGGAGCAGUUUCCGGUCCUUUCUUAAAGAGACUGUCCGGGAUGUAUUUGAGUCUCAUAGCCACCACGGGCAAAGUCAAUAUGGAGGUGAGGACCAGGAUGAGGCAUACUCACAACCAACUGGGGAUGGCCGCACCAAAAACCGGUCGCUGCCACUCUCCACACUUAUUGAGAUGCUCAAGGAGCAAACUGGGAAGGAUGACAUUGAGGUAGGAUCAAUCCGGAUGACGCUGUUCAAUGUCUUUGGGGAGGAUGCCAGCCCAAAGAUAAAAAAGUUCAUGAAAGUCAUGCUUGGUAAGUUCAAUGAAGGCGGAUCAGGUCAGCAGGGUGGUGUCAUGGGCAUGGUUGGUUCCCUGGCUCAUGAGUUCCUGAAGGCUAAGCUUGAAGGCAAUGAGGAAGAAACUUUCAAGCCAGCGCUAGAGCAAGAUGUUCAGAGUGCUGGUGAGGUUUAUGCCGGGACUAAGGCUUGGGCACCUAACAAUGGCAUCCUGAUCAGUGGGUGCCAAACCAGCCAAACAUCAGCAGAUGCAACCACGCCGCAGGGUUCUUCUUUUGGUGCGCUCAGCAAUGCUAUCCAGACAAUUCUUGCAGACAAGCACGGAAAGAUAACAAACAAGGAUCUUGUUAUGAAAGCACGUGAGGCGCUGUCCAAGCAAGGAUACACUCAGCAGCCUGGGCUUUACUGCAGUGAUGAGCAUGUUCAUGUGUCCUUCAUAUGCUGAUACAUGGAUUGAUAAUGUUCUUUCUUUUUGUGUUGAGCUGUGUACGAGAGGUUACGGUUUCCCCAUGCUCCCCUGGUUUGUUGUGGUUAUGUACUUAUCUCAAACUACUAUGAUAUUGAAAUAUAUCAAUACUGAAAUAAGGAUUCUCGUUAAAACUUUAUACACCUUACAAAGUUGUAUUAAAUCAACGACAUUUAUUAUGAAUCGGAGGGAGUAAUACAGAAUAAAUAGUACUCAA